AUGCCUUUUGCAUCAUUCAAGAAUGUCCAAAAACGACUCUCCAAAAUUCAUAAAGAACGUUCCCAACCUCAACGUAGACACCAUCUUGGAAUACUACCGAAAAAACAGGAUUUCCGUUUAAGAGCCAAGGAUAAGGAAUCAAAAAGUGCUAAAAUAAAAGAGUUAAGAAGUAAAGCUUUAGAUAAAAACACAGAUGAAUUUUACUUCAAUAUGUGUAAUUCUCGUUUUGAUAUGGAAAAAGGGCAUAUUCCGUUAGAUGUAGAAAAAAGUUAUUUAGACUCUGAUAUUAAGUCAUCAUUUUAUAAAAACGUUACGCACCUACAAUAUGAAUUACAAAAAGAAAAGUCUAAGAUAAAUCAACUUGAGUCGAAGACUCAUUUACUGCAAAGUGAAUCACAAAAUCCCUGUUCGAGGAAGACUCCCAAACAUAUUGUAUUUGCGGAAACCUAUGGUGAAAUGGUUGAACUACACCACAAAUAUGCGGAGAAAGUACAAGUGGAUGAAACUAUUUUUGACAAAGUGUCUUCCAGUGACCCUUCUUUUGAAGACAUUUAUUCUCAACGUUUUAAUGCUUACAAGGAAUUAUCUGAACAUCUAGAAAGAGCCAAACAGUUGAAAUAUCUUUUGCGUCAGCACGAAGCUAAGAAAAGUCUUAUGGCAAAUUUAACCAAAAGAGCGUACAAAACCGUAUUCAAAGGAAGUAAGACGGCGCCUCCCGUUUAUGAAUUUGAACCUGUCCGGGAUCGAUGA